CACUUCCGGCGUGCGGGGCGCUCCAAGAUGGCGGCGCUGGUGUUGAGGUCUGCAGCUCGCCGCUGCCUGCUGGCCCGGCUCAGCCCCAGCCUCUCCCUGCCACAGGCAGUGCCCAUGGGCACCAGUGCCAAGGAGGAGAUGCUUCGCUUCUGGGAGAAGAACUCCAGGUCCCAGCGGCCUCUGUCCCCCCACGUCUCCAUCUACAAGUGGUCCCUGCCCAUGGCCAUGUCCAUCAGCCACCGUGGCACCGGCGUGGCCCUCAGCCUGGGGGUGUCCCUGUUCAGCCUGGCUGCGCUGCUGCUGCCGGAGCAGUUCCCUCACUACUUGGCCCUGCUGAAGUCUCUGAGCCUGGGCCCUGCCCUCAUCUGCUCUGCCAAGUUUGCCCUGGCACUGCCCUUCACCUACCACACCUGGAACGGCAUCAGGCACCUGGCCUGGGACCUGGGCAAGGGCUUGGCGGUGGCGCAGGUGACGCAGUCCGGGCUGCUGGUGCUGCUGCUGACGCUGCUCUCCUCGGCGGCGCUGGCUGCCCUCUGA